AUGUUUCUUCAGCCGAGGAAUCACAUCGCCGAGUUGCAUCAUUUGAAUGCACAAGUUAGACAAUUUCUACACGACCGAAAACAACAAUAUGCGAAACAAUAUGAAAAAAGCAGUGGAAGAAGAGGAAAGAAAGCUGAAGCAGCUGAAAAUAUCAAUGAAUCGAUGCUGAAACAACCGUUGUUACGCUUCGACCUCCUUUGGCAGCGUUUCCACGACUACAAGUACGCUCCGUCAGACUACAAGUACGCUCCGUCAGACUACAAGUACGCUCCGUCAGACUACAAGUACGCUCCGUCAGACUACAAGUACGCUCCGUCAGACUACAAGUACGCUCCGUCAGACUACAAGUACGCUCCGUCAGACUACAAGUACGCUCCGUCAGACUACAAAUCACUAUUGGUAAAUUGGGGAUAUUUUAAGCAACUCUUACCG